CCACUUUAUAACCCCACCUCGAGAGAUUUUUUUUUCUUCUUCUUCAGGUCUCUCUCUCUCUCUCUUUCUCUCUUUUCUUUUUUCAAUUGCAGUUAUAUCCAACUACUAGAGGCGCUACUAUAUCUUCUCUACAUUAAUAUCUUCUGUACAAAAAUACACGCACCAUGGAGGAACAGCCGCAACGUCAAAUGUCUACGGCUUCAUCUUCUGUAGAGCAUCGAGGCUCGAUCUAUUCUGAAGCUUCUUAUACCAUGUCUUCUAAUAGCACUGUGACCUCUUCUACCGUGUCUUCCCCUGCAACGCCACCGAACGUGUAUUCGUCGCCCUCGGUAUUAACCUUGGCCACAGAUGGUCCUCAACCACGUUCACAAUUGCUCGACCAGUCCCAUUUGAAGCCAGGUGACCGAGCUUCAUUAUUGUCGCAUGCACAAACUAUCAACAUGUAUAGAGAUAAUGCAAAGAGGACCAACAAUCCCAGCAUCCAAUUCGACUUUGCAAACUUUAUUGUCGAGGCUGCUAAAGCUAUGGCGGUGGAUGAACCGCAGCGAUGGGAAUAUUUGCAUGAAGCUGAGCGGUUACUUCGGCAGCUCUCGCUACGUGGCCAUUCCGAAGCGCAGUAUUAUCUUGGUAAUAUGUAUGCCUCUGGACUUCUGAACAAGAAGGGCAAAAACGAAUUCGACAAGGCGUUCCCGUUGUUUGUUCAGGCCACUAAGCACCAUCAUGCCGACGCAUCAUAUCGAGCUGCAAAGUGUUAUGAAGACGGUCUGGGUUGCAAAAGAGACUCUGGAAAAGCUGUACAAUUUUAUAGACGAGCUUCCACGUUAAGCCACCCAGGGGCUAUGUAUCGGUUGGGCGUGGCACAACUGAAUGGUGAACUUCGUAUCAGUCGUAACCCACGGGAUGGAGUCAAGUGGCUCAAGCGAGCCGGCGAAUCAGCAACGGCAGAAUACCCACACGCACUACAUGAACUUGCGUUAUUACAUGAACGUGGAGUCAACAAUGUAGUGUUUGUUGACUUCAGCUAUGCCGUUACUCUGUACGCUCAAGCCGCAGAGUUUGGUUAUGCACCUUCGGCAUUUCGGUUAGGGGAAUGCUACGAGUAUGGUAAACUGGGCUGUCAGUGUGACCCAGCCCUUUCCAUCCACUAUUAUACCAUUGCCGCCGAACAAGGUCAUCGUGAGGCUUGCUUUGCUUUAACAGCGUGGUAUCUUGUAGGAUCUCCCAACCUUUUGCCUCAAUCGGAUGAACAAGCUUACGUGUGGGCUCAUCGGGCUGCCCAAGCUGGAUUACCUAAGGCUGAAUAUGCCAUGGGUUACUUUACUGAAGUUGGCAUCGGUAUCACCAAGAACGCCGAAGAAGCAUUAAUGUGGUACGCAUUGGCUGCGAAACAUGGCGAGGAAAGAGCCAUGAAGAAAAUAGAAGGAAAGCCUCUGCCGACGAUCCCCCUUGUCGCUCGAAUGCAACAACAAUCCUCUCCCAACUUCAAUAAUCCAUCUCCUUUUGGCGAUAUUCAAAAGGAGAGUAAAUGGACAAAGAAAGUAUUUGAUUCCAUGAAGAGAAACUCGAAAACAUUUGCUUGAGGCGACUCAAAAAUCCUCAUUUAGACAUACCAAGAACUUCAAAGAAACAUUCAUUUAUCCAUCAUCAACCAUCGCCACAUCUUGCUUGUAUCAUCUGUUUUCGCAUUCCUUUUUGUUGUUUGUUGUACCUUUUUCUCUCACCAUGACCUUCACUUGUACAGCAUUGGAAUGCUAGCUGUCCGACUCAUUGUUUCAUUUUAUAUACUCGAUGCUUUUAUUCCCCAUUAUAGUGGAGACUCUACUUAUAUAUAUCUCCUUUUUUUCUGCCAACAUCUUUUAUACAUAAAAAUUAAAAUGUGAUAAGAAGAAC